AUGCAGCAGGCAGCCGGGGCUCUCUAUAUAAAGCUCGGGUCUCGGGUCUGGCGGAGCGAAGAGGCCCGGCUAGCCCGCGAGCUGGCAGCCGCCUUCUGCUCGGCCCGCCGCGCCAUGGAAACCGGGGAGGCCUCGGCGAGCGGAGCCGGCGAGCGCGCGCGCUGCUGCCGCCGCUCGCCGCCCGCGGGCCCCGACCGCGGGACGCAGCGCGAGGGCGCGGACUCCGGCGGCGGCGCCUCCCCCACCCCGGCCCUACCGCCCGCGCCUCCCCGGCUCCUCCCCUCCGCUCUCCGCCCCCCACCGGUCCCGGGGCCGCGCUCGGCUUCGGGCGGUCCUCCCGGGUCUGGGCCCCCGUCUCCUCUGCGCGCCUCGUGCCCCCCAGCCCGCAGACCCGCAGGCUUCUGGAGACCGUGGGUUGACGCCAGAGGCUACAAGGAGGAGGGGGCGCCGCAGCACGCGGCGGAGGCGAUGCCGGACGGCCCCGGGGUGACCGAAGCCUCCGGAAAGCUUUCCCAGUACAGACACCCAGUCAGACUAUUUUGGCCAAAAUCAAAGUGUUAUGAUUACUUAUAUCAAGAAGCAGAAGCUCUUCUGAAAAAUUUUCCAAUUCAAGCCACAAUUUCAUUUUAUGAAGAUUCUGAUAGUGAAGAUGAUAUUGAGGAGCUGAUCUGUGAAAAUUAACCUGAUUAGUUACUUGUGAUGACAUUCAAAGCUUAUAGGAUUUAAAUUUAGUGUACAAAUGUAUCAUAA